UCGAGCGGAGUGACGUGAUAUAGACUUCAUAUACGUCUUGGGCGGGGCUUCACUUAGCAACUGUCAUAGUGGACUGUCCAAAGACUUUAAUCAAACUAAACGAAGUUUUUAGGGCCUUUAUACUGACGCAUUCUAAAGCCUUCAUUUGUAGGAUAAUGACUUGAAAAUGGUUUCCUGUUAUACCCACGUGAUACUGAAAUGGCUGGAACACUUGAACAGUUCAUGGGCUAAUGAAGACAGUGAAUUUGUUGCCACUCGUGAGGGUGCUUCUGUAUUUUACAACAGACUUCUUGAGAAGAAAGAGGUAUUUGAAAUAUGCCAGCCAGUCCAGGACCUCAUUGGGCCAACGUUUCCAGAUUUUGAGCAUCAUGAUUGUGCAACAGAAGAGCGUGAGCAAUAUGUAACUGCUGCCCUUCAGAGUCAGUUCCACCUUGCUUGCCGAAUCUUUGGAAACUUGCCUUAUUCUGUUGUGCUGCAGCAGAGACUGAUUUCUCUGCAAAGAAUUUACUAUGCACUUUCUAGUAAAUAUCACAGUCUGUUCAGAGUGGGACCACAGUUACCUCAAAGGGAUGCCGAAAGCAUUCAUGAGUUAUGCGUUGCUAACUUUCCUCAGAAACCCACUAUUAAAUCUGGAACAGAAGUUCUUAUUGAAAUGGGUGUUAGGACAGGACUCACCCUUUUGUUUGCAUUGUUUCAACAGAGCUGGAAUCGAACACAACUGGAUUCCAGUCUUGGCUUGUGUAGUGAAGUCUUGGAUACUGCAUCUUUAGUGCUGAGUUCCCUACCUCCCCUAUCCUUGGCUAAUGAAAAUAAUAUUCCUGUGGUUGGGCUUGAUUGCUUAAAUCAAAUAACCAUCUUUCUGAAGAAGAUGGCCUUGUCUGGUUCUGGAGCAGACUGCACUGGGAAAAGACUUGCUGCUGAAGUCCUGUUGAAGCUUGCUGUCCAAAGAGGGAAACUGCGAUUCUUGUUUGACUGGAUUGAGAUGGCCCUAGCAGCUACACCAGUAUCUGCUUUUAAUAAACCAUCUCUAGCUUCAGGACAGGAAGGGAUGAUGAGCUGUGACUGUUUACAAAGUGCCUUGCAACAGAUGAGGCAGUAUUCAAGCUCAUCUGCUGAAGACCCACAUGGGCAGAACUUGUUGAAAUCACAAGGAGGGCUGUGUUCCUUACCUCAGGCUGCAUUGUACAUAAUGGAAGAGAUAUGCAGGCUAGCCACUGAUUGCCUUUCUAAUCAGGCUGGAUAUGCGGGUUCACAAAAAACAGAGAGACCAACAGUCACUGUUUAUGCCUGGGGUAGUAACAACAGCCACCAGUUGGCUGAAGGAACUCUGGAGAAGAUCGUGCAGCCAAAGCUGGCAGAAAAUUUCUGUGAAGCACAGCUGAUUGAAGCUGGACAGUAUUGCACUUUUUUGGUUUCUUCUGAUGGAUCUCUGAAAGCAUGUGGCAAGGGGAGCUAUGGAAGACUAGGAUUAGGAGAUUCCAAUAACCAGACUACACCCAAGAAACUGUCCCUAGACCCUCCCCAUUCCAUCUGCAAGAUUUCAACUUCCAGAGGCUCUGAUGGUCACACACUAGCUGUAACUACUGAAGGUGAAGUUUUCAGUUGGGGAGAUGGAGAUUAUGGGAAACUAGGACAUGGAAGUACUGCAACACAGAAAUAUCCUAAACUGAUACAAGGACCCUUAGUAGGAAAGAGAGUGGUGUGCGUCUCUGCAGGAUAUAGACACAGUGCUGCAGUAACUGAUGAUGGAGAGCUUUACACUUGGGGAGAGGGAGACUUUGGCAGAUUGGGUCAUAGUGACAGCCAGAGCCGUAAUGUACCCACCCUUGUAAGGGACAUCAGCAAUGCAGGGCAAGUCGUUUGUGGGAGUUCUCAUACUGUCGUCUUGUCUCAGGAUGGACGUACUCUCUGGUCCUUUGGGGAUGGAGACCAUGGCAAGCUAGGCCAUGGAGAUACUAAUCGAGUGUAUAGACCUAAAGUAAUUGAGUCUCUGCAGGGAUUAUUUAUCAAGAAAAUUUGCGUAGGAUGGGAGGUGUCCCUUGCUCUGACAUCUGUUGGGCAGGUGUAUGCAUGGGGUCAUGGCUCAUGCCUGGGAUGUGGCUCUGCUGAAAUGACAGCAUUACAACCUCGCUUGAUAGAUGAGCUAAGCACAACAAAGAUCAUUGACCUGUGCUGUGGGGACAGCCACUGUCUUGCUCUUUCGCAAGAUAAUGAAGUGCUUGCAUGGGGUAAUAAUGCCAUGGGCCAGUGUGGGCAGGGACAUACCUCCACCCCCAUCACAAAGCCGAAGAAAGUGAUUGGUUUAGAAGGUGUGAAUGUGCAGCAGAUUACGGCUGGCAGAUCUCAUAGUCUGGCCUGGACAGCCUUGCCUACAGACAGACAGCUGAUAGCCUGGCACAAGCCAUUUUCUGUUGACCUAGAAGAGAGUACCUUCAUUCAUCUCUGCAGUUUCUUAGAAAGAUUUGUGGAAGAAAUACAGCAGCCAUCAAAGACAGCACCAUUUGCAUCUAAAAGGGAGCACCAGCACUUUCUUCUACUUUGUUUACAACUUCUUUCUGCACACAUGUCCUUAGCUCACCUUGGAGGUACUGGAUCAGCAGUGUUGGGCUUGCAAGCAAGACCACUCAGAAACCUGUUAUUCAGACUGAUUGACUCACCUGUACUAGAUUCUAUCCAUCAGGUUGUAAUUGAUACAUUAUCAGUUGGUACUUCAUUGCUGCUGCCACCUCUUAGAGAACGAAUGGAACUCCUGUAUUCCCUCCUACCUCAGGGUCCAGAAGGGUGGGACAGUCUGUCCCGAGGGCAGAGAAUGCAGCUUGAUAUAAUUCUGGAGAGUCUGCAGGAUCAGUCUCAUAUAGCAUCUCUGCUGGGCUACAGUUGUCCUAUAGACCUGCUUGAUGGACAGGCCCUGAAUUCAGCAACAAGUUUCGUAUCUUCGGCAGACUUGGAAAGUGACAACCAUUUUCACUUGGUAGACAUUCUUCUGAAAACACUGCUGCAAAAUAUCAGUUUCUACACUGAACGUGCAUUUGGUGAGUUGGAGAAGAACAGUGACAAACAGACAUGCAGCUUAACUGUGGAAAGCAGCAUUCCACCAUCACAUCUCUAUCGACUUCUGGCUUCACUUCAGCGACAUCUUUUAGCACACUGUUACACCAGCAGAUCAGAUGAGAAUAGACGCACUGUGGAGUUGCUUCAUAAACAUCUUCAUCUCUUAUUCCCUUAUGCUGUGGAUGUUUUCAAAAGAUCUGCAGUACUACUUGAUACCAGCUCACAGGAAAGUGUUAUCACCAUUAAGCUUCAAGCUGUUUUGUAUAAUUCUGCUGCUGGAAGCCUACUGUGUCAAGUGAUCUACUCACUUCUUUUGUUGUCUUACCACAUCGUGUACCCCAUGUUAAUGGAGCUUCACAGUCUUCUGACAUCCUUGGAUCAUCUAAACAGACUCUUGCCUUCCACUGGUCAGUUAGAGAGAGAAGAACUGAACACUUCUGAUCAUGAAAGGGAUAUGUCUUCAGAGGAAACUAACUCUGUACUUGACCAAUCUUGGACUUGGCUACUUGAUUUAGAGAGAUCUCUAUCUUUGUUGAUCGGUAGAUGCCUUGGAGGAAUGUUGCAGGGGUCUCCUCCCUCAACAGAUGAGGUUGCUGCAAAAUACUGGUUGCAAAAUCCUCUGUUCAGUAAUGGCUUGGAGGUGAAUUCUUAUCAACUGGAUACAUUGAUGACGUGGCUAACUGAAGAAACACUCUGUGAAUGUAGGGAUAUCAAAACUUGGGAACACACAUUAUCAGAUGAGACUGCAGUUUUGAUAAAUGUGGCAUUAGGCUGUUCAAGUGAACCAGCACAUCGUCUUUGUAGAGAGAUGAGGGACUACUUGGCAAGUCAAGACUGGGACACUGAAAAUCCAACUGUUGAUCACUUGCUAGAUACUGUGUCCAGGUUUGUGUUUGCUGCAUUGCUGAAACAUGGUGGACUGCUGAAAGAAGCCUGCAGAAAAGACAGGUGUGAACCUAGUGAAAGCCUAUUAGAAGUUUACCAGUAUGUUUACAGGAUUUACAGUUCUCUUCUCAAACAAAAGGAUAUGGCUAAAAGGAUGGCUGACGUUACACAUUUUGUUCAACAAAGUCAGCUUCCUGAGGAUCGUGGAUGUCCAACUGAUGGAAUCAUCACUAACAGCACCUUUAUAUCUCAGGAAAGAAAAAAGAUGAAAAAAUCUGAAGAAAGUUCUGAUGUUUACUAUGAAGUCUCAGGUCAUAAUCAGGAUGCAGAGAAUGCUGAGUAUGAGAGGGACAGAAGAGCUGCAAGCAUAAGCAAAGUAUUGCAGAGUUUUAUGGCAGCAAGGGAAGCAACUCGAAAUGGAGAAAAUGAAACAAUUUAUGAAUCUUCUGGGACUGCAGACAUAGAAUUAGUUGAGACAAAGAACGAUGCAUUGACAAAGAGUGGGUUGGACGAAUAUGAAUCCUAUACAUCUGCUUGUCAGUCUGUCAUAUCUCGCAGUGCUUUCCUUAUUCUUGGUGUACGUGCCAUAUGUCAGGCUGAGAAAAUGCAAGAGAAUAUUCGUAUGUUUUCUCUCCAGACAAGAGAAUUGUUUAUUAGUUCAGAGGAAGAAUCCAUGCACACGAGUGGAGUGAACCAAGGCAUGAAUAAUGAAAAGAAAACUUCUGGAAGUAAGUCCUCGAGCCAGCUGAACACACAUUCCAAGACAUCAGAAAACAAACUAGCUUUGCCCUUGUGUUCAUUUGGGAUCGUGAAAGAUGCUUGGGAUAGACUCCUCCAGUGCAUCAGUCCCACAGAUAGACAGUGCUCAUCUUCUACUUUGCCAUUGCUUACUAAUGUGUACCAUUUUCUAUGUUGGAAUCUAACCAAAACACCCAUACUUGUGAAACGAGAUGAAGGCAUGGAGUCUGACCACAAAGUGGUUGCAAAAGCCAUGUCCCACCAACAGCAGCGAGCAGAGGUACGGCUUGAAGCCCUGCAUCAUAUCUCCUCAUAUGUAUCAGAGAUAGCAGUAUUUUCCAAAUCCCCUGGUCUAUUGCUGACAUCCCAGCUUCACUUCUUGAUUGGCUGUUUCAAUCUGUCACAUGUCAUACACACAUCAUCUCGAUAUGAAGAAAAGCAACAUUACAUGACUGGAACAGAGUCUGUUUGCUCAAGUGUUAAAAAGCAGCUACAGGCUGCAGCACAGCUGCUUUACAAGCACUUGGUGAGCGUACUUAAGAAAGGAGCUGCAGCUACACUGGAAACAUCAGAAAUGCAAGGGUAUCAUCUUCUUGUUGUGCUUCUGGCAUUGAAUCUCCAUUAUAAACCCACAGACUUGACAGUCGUGGUAGAAAAUGGUUUAAUAGAUAUCCUCUCCAGUCUCAUCAGUCCUACCGUACUUCUGAGUCAGUGCCAUCUGUUAGCAACUGUAUCAGAUCAUGCACAGCUGGCCAUAGUGUUAAAGCUAGUAAGUGCAAGGUUGCUGCAAAUUCUUGCAAUUACUGCAAGCUCUGAUGCUGACAUCCUGCCUUCACAUAUUGUCCAGGCAUUGCUGGAUGUACUUUGCCUGCAGUUUCAGUGCCUUCUACAAGCAGUAUAUGCAGAGGAGAUGUCAAGUCUUAGCAAAAAAGAACUGAACAUUUUAUUAUCUGGGGCACCAGGUGCUCCUCUACCAAGUCAUAGCAGGUGCUGUACUGCUGAAGCACAGCUUGGGGACUACUUAGCAUUUCUGAGGCGUGUGAUUUCAACUAGGAACAUACAAUGGACUAGUGUUACAAAGUGGGUAGAAACUCUUAUUCUGAUGGCAACCCAAAGACAAUCAUCUGGCAUGCCUCUUAUUCGGAACUUGAGAACAAGGCUACUGCUGCUACACGUCUUGGAAGCUGCACUGCCUGCAUGCUCAGAUCAGGACAUGAUUGAGAAGACUGUAGAGAAGCUUUUCGGUUUGCUGUCUACCUGCAUGUGGGAGGAGCCACUCAUACUAAGUAAGCUGGAGAAAACAGAGAAAAAUAUUGCUGAGCCUGGUGAUGACAGUAUAUCAAUUAAGCAGUUUAAUUUUGAUCCAGAUAAGUUAGUUUGUUGUUCUCUGGAAAGUGGAAAUGUUCUGUUGCAUGGAUCUGGGGGCAAAGGAUAUGGAGCUACUGCUACAGUUAUCACCUCUGGCUGCUUCACGUGGAAGUUUCACCUUAGUAAAGAAAACAGAGGCAAUGAAGGAACAUGCAUUGGAGUGUCUCGCUGGCCUGUGAGAGAUUUUAACCACCGCACCUCAUCAGACAUGUGGCUGUACCGUGCAUAUAGUGGAAAUCUGUAUCAUGCAGGGGAGAUGAGCAGGAUACUGCCUGCAUUCACACAAGGAGAUUUUAUCACCUGUAUGCUCGACAUGGAGGCUAAGACUAUUUCUUUUGCCAAGAACAAUGAGAAACUUCAGUUAGCUUUUGAAGGUGUGGAUGCUUCUGAGCUUUAUCCUUGUGUGAUAUUUUACAGCAAUAAUCCUGGAGAGAAGGUAGCUUUGACUGAUUUACGGAUGCAAGGGAUACCCAGAGGCCUCCAUGCUGGUGAGCCUUACUGCAGUCCUAGUGUUACUGCAUUUGAAGAAGCAGUUAUUGAACUUAUACGAAAACUCCAUCAAUGCAACAACUGGAUGCCUGUAAUCAAUCAACACAUUAUAGAAAAACUGCUGUUAAUUAGGUCUUUAGGGAUUACGGAAAAGAAUGGAAAGUCAUUUCACACACACAGAAGCAACAACACUAUUCACAAUUUACCCUUUGAAAAACAGAAUAAUGACUCAAAGAAAACAGCUGAAGGAUGGGACCUGGAUGAUUCUUCCAUACUUACAGAUACUCAGCUUCAGACUCUUUGUUCUCAAGUUUGGCCAGUUUUGGCUGUGAUUGGUGGAGUAGAUAGUGGCUUGCGGGUCGGUGGUCAAUGUAUACAUAAACCAAGCAAUCGCAGUGCUACAUUGUUAGGAGUACUUCAUAAUGGGAGUGCAUCCGCCAAACUGCAAUGGCAGGAGGUAGAUAUGACAGUCAGUGAUGCUCCCAUCUGUCUAUUGCAACCUGUGGAGAGGACGCAGUUUGAUAUUUCCAAGCUGGGAGAGCUGAAACCAUUUACUGUCCUGGAUUUGAUAUAUCUCGUUAGAAUUCAAGAUGAACAUAAGUGGUUUGACACACAGGCACCAAGAAAUAUUGUGUAUGAUGAAGUCUCAAAUGAACUUGAACGGAAACUUGAUGAAGAAAUUGCAAAAGUUAUGACAGCAGAGGAUGGGCAUCAUAAAGAGCCUUUACCAUCAAAAACCACACAUUCAUCCAAUAGCUUUACGAGUGAAGGCAAGCUUGAAUCUUCAGCAGGAGCAGAUAUUCUGCUAGACAAUCAAGAAAAACUAAAUAAUAAUAGAGAGCUGAGGAACCAUGACACAUUCCUUAUGGAGAUGAAGGCUGUGCAACUGUCAUACCUGUCUUUGGGUGCAAUGAAGUGCCUCAGUGCUCUGCUUAGUUGCAGUCAGUUUGGUGACCUGUUUACAGUUGCUUGGAUAACAGGAAAUAAUGAACUGCAUGCCAAAAGAUCUCCGUGUUCAACAAAUGUUGAGUUUCAGUCUGUUUUACAGAUCCUGAUAAAGUGCAUGGUGAGGAAAGCAGUUCAUCCCUAUCCCGUUAAACAAGUCACAUCACUGGCUGAUGUGGAACGUGCUCAAGCUGUGAUCUUCAAAGCCAUUUUGGAAUCCAUAAAAAAGAGUCCUGAUACAGAUUGCCAGAGAAAAGGUUUCAAAGGCAACUCACCGGAAGCACCCCCAAGGAUAGCAGUCCCCUUACUAGAAAUGGGAUUCACCAUCCAGCACAUUUAUGCAGCCAUAGAAGCAACAGGGAUUUCUACUGAAGCCAGCUGUAAUGGAAUGGAAGUGCUCGCUAGCUGGAUGCUAGAGCAUCCUCUGCCAGACGAAGAAUUAUUUGUUUAUUCAUCUGCAAAUAAUGAGAGAGAUUUGGAAGUAACACCAUAUGAGAGUCAGCAUGAGAUAAAACAAAAUCAUUCAGAAGUACUGGAUUCCUCUGAAGAUGUGAAUAACAUAGACAGAAAUAAUGCUGGUCUUGACCAAGUGGAGAGAGAACAUUUUCUAGAUGUUCAUCUAACAAGAAAUAGGCCGCCUCCUGCACGCCGGCACAGACCCAAUCUGGCACAGCGUCCAUAUUGUCAGAGAGCAGUCCAUAGAAAUCAGCGACUGGGUCAUUCAUCAUUUAGCAGAGGACAGGAGGCUGUGGAGUAUCAUGCACACACUGGAACAGAUCUGUGUAUGGAUCGAGAAGUGGAGCUUGGAAUUGAUGAUGAUCCACAAGUAGAUAAUAUGCUUGAAGAGCUACCAUCAUCAGAAACAGCACCUCUGUCAGAGAGUGAUGGCCUUUUUUUGCCCUUGGGUCUGAACUGGUCUAGUAUGGGUGUUGAAACAAGAGUGGCUCCUGAAGAAGAGGUAGCUGUCUGUGAAAUCUGUGAUGCUCCAGGUCUGCAGUUUAAUCAGCACGUGAAGAAGCAUCAUUUAGGACAUGGAAUGAGAUCUGAAGGACCUGCUCCGGAUCUUGUUGGAAGAACUGAUCCAGCGUCUAAAGAAACCUGGGAGCCUUCAGAGGAUGAGAAUGCUGAACAAUUGGCAGUCCUGGAUAACUUUCAGUUUCUCUUAGAACAACUUGAAUUGAGCGAAAAAAAGCUGGUGCCUGACCCUGUUAAGUUUCUAGAGACAGAUCCUUUGGGAGCAUCUGCUGUUCAUUCCAAUCUCCCUGAAGAAAUCUUCUUGCAGAAAGGUGGUUCAGCUGAUGAGAAGAAACCUGGACAUAGACCACCACUUGGAGAACAGGCUGCCUGUUUAAUUGAUACCACUGAGAGGAUGGUUGCUUUGAGACGCAUCACAGUUACAGCACAGAUUUUUCUUGCACGCUGCAUUGUCAUGAAGGCACUCUCUCUAGUCUCUGUAAGUGGCUCCAUCUGCAAUCAGUCUGUCUGCCUCCAAGCUUUUGGUCUUACAAAUAUUUAUGACCUAGUUCGCCUGAUGAGUCUUGAAGCAUCAGGAAGAGCCCAGCUGAGUGUUGCUGAUGUCAACAAGGGAAACUUCAGUCUCCUUAAUAAGACUUGGUUAUCACCUCUUACUCACUUAACUUCUGCUAUCAGGUGCCUGGCAUCUAAGAACUUUGCAUCAUACAAGGCUUUGAUUGGUAUCUGCAUUCAGGAUUUAAUUGUUGCAGCAAUGGGACUGAAUGUAGGAGUGUUUGCAAAUAAAUGUUCUCAGCAAAGAAGUCACCUGCUUCAGUUUCUUCAAGGACCAGUAAAAGAACACAAAGCUGCCAACUUACUCAACUUCUUAGUAACCCGUACUCUAGUAGCACUCUUGACAGAAAAAGGAUUCAAGCACUGGCAAAGCCAGGAGAAGGGCUUGGAGAAGUUAGAUGUCAGAGCUUCUUCUGGUACACAUUCCAAAGCAGCUGCUCGCGUUGGGAUCUUAGAGCUCUUGAAUGCCCUUGCUGCCUGUUGUUUGUCACGAAGACUACCGUACAGACAUCGACAGUGGGCAUUACAGCAGUUAGUGCACGUGCUAUCUGUUCCAGAGAGAGAAUAUCCCUUGAGACCGCAGACAUUUGCUGACUUGGCAGGAGAUCUUCAUAAAUGUCCUACAGUGAAAUUAGAAGCACACCAAAACAGGGUCACAAGCUGUUGUUGGAACAACAUUUCAGCUCUGCUUGCCACAGGAUCCCAGGAUGGUACAGUCAGACUUUGGAAUGUAUCAAAAUGCAGCGCUGCCUUGGAGUGUACCCUUAACUUUCAGACAAGUGAGACAUAUGGCUGCAAUCAGGACACUCGCUCUGAGAGUUUGGACAUGACUCCUGUUCUCUUUAGUACCAGUGGAAUCUAUCUAGCUGCUGCUCAUGAAAAGGCUAUCACCUUCUGGAUGGUCAAAGAUACACAGUCACGAGUAGAAUGUCAACCUUCUUGGGUGACUGCUAUUUGUUGGGCUGAUGUUAUAGAUGCCUCCAAUACUCCAUCCACUGGCACAUAUGCCACUGCUGCAUCCUUAGAUACAAAUGCCUCAGAAAGUGUACUAAUUGGACGACUGGACGGAUCCCUCAGUUUUAUUCGUGUCACUGAGAAUCUGUGUAUUGAUACCAUAGAGCUGAAGUGCUGUUACAGAAAGAAUGUUGCUGUUCAGUGCAUUGCUUGGCAUAGUGAGGACAAGCCUUUUGCCGUUGGAUACUCAGAUGGAAGAAUUCUCUUUGGAAUGAAGACUUUUUGUGAAACUAGCAUCCCUGCCACAGUCUGCGCCUUUUCUGAGAGUGUGACUAGUUUGAAGUGGGAUCCCACUGGACAGCUGCUGUUAUCAGCAUCUAAAGCAGAGGUGAUAAAGAUCUGGAGCAAAGUGGGCAGCAUUUGGAUGGCAGUCCAUUCUCUCUUCCAUACUGCAUUUGUCAAUACUGUUGCAUGGUGCCCGCUUCCUGCAGGAGGAUCUGAUCCAAGGCUUAUGUUGGCAGCGGGUUGUCAGAAUGGCCUGGUGUACAUUUGGACAGUGCCACGAGCUGAUGCAUCUGUAUCGUUGUCAUAUUUUACACACCCAGUGCAGAGUAAAGAGAAGAAACCACAGCAGUCGAACUCCACCAAAUACCACAUGCGACUCAGUGGCCAUAUCACUGCAGUAAAGACUGUGUCCUUUUCCCCUGAUGGCCUUGCCCUUCUGUCUGGAGGAAUAGGAGGAUUAAUUAAUAUCUGGUCACUGCUGGAUGGCUCAGUGUUGCAGACUUUAGUUACUGGAUUAGGCUCUGUUAUCAGCUCAGUCUGGAUCCCAGGAAUUGGAGUAGCUGCUUGUUCUGGAAGGUCAAAGGAUAUUUUGCUUAUUCACUGCUCUCCAGAAUGGAUCUCUGAAAAUCAAAUCUUAGCUUCCUGUCGAUCAGCCCUCAGGACAAAGGGCAUUAUAGGAUUGAACAAGGCACCUUGUUUGAGAGUGCUUUUGGAAAGACUGCCCCAACUAUUAAAGGAACAGUAUGAAUAUGAGAAGCCCUAUGUUUCCUGUGGAGACCAGCUGUUUCAUAGUGCUUUCCUUCAGAGCCUGACUUCACUUGCAGUUGGACUGAGUCUAGAUCAACUUCUUCAUGAUCAUCCCCUCCAACCACAUCAUAAAGAUCAAUAUUCUGGAUUUCUUUCCACCGACUGGGUUUGGCUACACAAUUAUUCCAUAACCUUAAAGAGUGCAGAAGCCUUAGCUUUGAGGGCACCAUUCCCAGAAACCUUCAAUGUUCCAGAGCUUGAAUUCAGCCAGGAAUCAGAUCCUUUGAAACCACUGGAUAACAGCAAGUGGAGCUUUUUGAUGGAUGAACAACUCAUUAACUGGUUUACAGACAGGCCAGAGGACUGGUACAUGGGAGGAAAGAGGGAAUUCUACCUAUGGGGAUCAGGCCGACAUGGACAACUGGCCGAUGCAGGAACAAGUGCCUUGACUCCAACGCUUGCACAUUCACUAUCACAGGCUGAAAAGGUGGUUUGUGGUCAGAAUUGCACUUUCCUUGUUCAGGCCAGUGGUACAGUUCUAGCUUUUGGAGAAGGGAGCUAUGGACGGUUAGGACAGGGUAACUCUGAUGACCUCUAUAGUCCUACUCCAGUUUCAGCACUUCAAGGGUAUGUGGUCACUCAUCUGGUAACUUCGUGUGGAUCAGAUGGUCACUCUCUAGCCCUGACAGAGAGUGGAGAAGUAUUUAGCUGGGGAGAUGGUGACUAUGGGAAACUUGGCCAUGGAAACAAUGAAAGACAAAGAAGACCACGGCAGAUUGAAGCUCUGCAAGGAGAAGAAGUGAUCCAGCUUUCUUGUGGAUUUAAACAUUCAGCUGUGGUCACCGCUGAUGGAAAACUUUUCACAUUUGGGAACGGAGACUAUGGAAGAUUAGGACACCCCACCACUUUGAACAGACUGACUCCAGAGAGAGUGACAGCACUUGAAAGCUACCACAUUGGACAGGUAUCUUGUGGUCUGAACCACACACUAGUGGCUUCCUCUGAUGGCAUGAUCCUGUGGUCUUUCGGGCAUGGUGAUUAUGGAAAGCUGGGGAUUGGGUCCUGUUCUGCUAAGAACUAUCCACAGAAAGUGGAUGUCUUGUGCAACAAAGGAGUGAAGAAAAUUGCGUGUGGUGCCCAGUUUUCUGUUGCUCUUACCAGAGAUGGCCAGGUUUAUACAUUUGGACAAGACCAGCUCAUUGGUUUGCCUGAGUCUAUGGUGAAGAAUCACAGCCUCCCACAGGUUGUGCCAGUCCUAGAGUCAGUAUUCAUUGAAGAUAUUGCAGCUGGAUGUGAACACACACUGGCUCUCUCUUCCACAGAAGAUGUAUAUGCUUGGGGCUGCAAUGGUGAAGGUCAGCUCGGUCUAGGACACACAAACCUGGUUAAGGAGCCAAUGCUAGUACAUGCUUUGCAGGGAAAGAAAAUAAGGCAGAUAUCAGCAGGACGGUCUCACAGUGCUGCUUGGACAGCUCCUCCUACUUCAGGUCCCCCACUUCCCCUGCCACUUGGACUACCAUGUUUCAUUCCUCCUCAAUAUAACGCCCUGCAAGACUGCAGCCUUGAAGCCCUCAGAAGCCGUCUCCAGGUCCUCCUUAGAUUCUCAGAUUUAACGUACAAGUCAUGGAAACUGUUUAGCCUCAACUCAGGGAUGCAGCACACAGCUUCUCAGAACAGUGCUGGGACUGCUGCAGUUAUCCAGGGUAAAUUGAGAGGUAUUUUGUCUGCCAAAGUGAACACCCUGCCACUAGUCAGAUCCAUAGGAAAAACAAUGGUACAAGGGAAGACAUACGGGCCUCAGAUAACAGUGAGGAGGAUUUCAAACAGGGGUAAGACCAAUAAACCAAUUUUCAUCCAGGUAGCAAAGCAAGUUGUUCAUCUGAAUCCUUCAGAUUUGCGAUUACCAUCCCGAGCAUGGAAAGUCAAGCUAAUUGGAGAAGGAGCAGAUGAUGCAGGAGGGGUCUUUGAUGACACCAUAACAGAAAUGUGUCAGGAGCUGGAAUCUUCUGCUUUGGAUCUGCUGAUUCCUACUCCAAACAGCAUUGCAGAGGUUGGCAGCAACAGAGAUAGAUUUCUGCUGAAUCCUUCAGCCUGCUCUGAAGAUCACCUUCUGCAGUAUAGAUUCCUGGGAAUACUCAUGGGAAUUGCAAUUCGGACUAAGAAGCCACUAGAAUUGCAUCUCGCUGCAUGGGUAUGGAAGCAGCUUUGCUGCAUCCCUCUGACACUCCAGGAUCUGGAAGAUGUUGAUUUGUUAUAUGUUCGCAACUUACAAGGAAUCUUGAAUCUAGAAAACAGUGGGAUCACAGAAAAGAACUUCACUGUGAUGAUUCCCCUGGAGUCUUUUGUUGGUCAAAGUGCAGGUGGCAAACCAGUCCCAAUAAUUCCUGGAGGAAACAGUAUACCUCUUACCUAUGCUAACAGGAAGGAUUAUGUGGAGAGGACCAUUGAAUACAGGCUACAUGAAAUGGACCAGCAGGUAUUAGCUGUGAGAGAGGGAAUGUCUUCCAUUGUUCCUGUCCCCCUUCUGUCACUUAUGACGGACAGACAUUUGGAACAGUUAGUUUGUGGGAUGCCUGAGGUGCCGGUGGAACUGCUGAAAAGAAUGGUGAGGUAUCGUGACAUUGAAGAGAGCUGCCAGUUGGUCAUUUGGUUCUGGCAGACACUGCAAGAAUUCUGCAAUGAGGAGAGGGUGUUGUUCCUUCGGUUUAUUUCUGGCAGAUCCAGACUGCCAGCACAGGCAACAGACCUCACUCAGAAAUUCCAGAUAAUUAAAGUAGAUAAGCCCAUCAAUGGCCUCCCAACAGCUCAGACAUGCUUUUUCCAGCUGAGGCUGCCUCCUUACACCAGUCAGUCUGUAAUGGCUGAAAGACUACGCUAUGCCAUCAACAACUGCCCCUGUAUUGAUAUGGACAACUACAUGCUAUCCCGUAAUACAGACGCAGGUGAUGAGUCAGAUACAGAACAUUAACCUCAGCCUAAACCCUUAGAAGUGAAGAGGAAGAACCACUGAGAGAGAUCAUGAUCAAACUGCUGCACUGAAACACUUGAACUGUUGAACUCUGGAAAAGUGAUGUCCAUUGCUGUAAACCAAAAUAUUACUCUGAAAUGCUGAAAUAAAUGCCUACAUGCCAAAGUUGCACAGGUGACAUUUAUGCCUUCAGCUCCACAAAUGUAAGAGGACAGAGCACCAAAUACUGUCACGGGCACAUCGCCAGAGCCUGCUUAAAGUGGUUUAAUGACAUGUCUGAAUCUCACAAGAUGUUGACUUUGUCAUUAGGAUAGUGGUGCUUUAGUAUUAUAGGCUAGAUUUUCUAAUUCUUCUUGUUAAUUGCACAGAAAGAAGGAGUUUUUUUUGUAUUAUAUGUUUACCUACAUAAAUGCUUUCAGCCUGGUGUUUCUUUUUGUGAACUGUUUAUCAUUGCUGUCAAAACACAGUGCUAAUCUGGUCUGAACACUGGUUAACCAAGAAUAUUUUGUACAUUGUUCCUAAUAUGAAGUUAAAAUUUAUUUGAUUUUUAAGAAUGGAAAUUGACACUUGCUGCAGAAAUAAAUAACCACAUUAUGUAGCCUGCC